GUUGGAUCACGAUGUGAUUCAACUGGUGCUCUCGCCAGCUCACGGCUGAGAUUUUUGCAUAUAACUGUCGUCUUUGUCCUCCUGAGCUGGACUGAAAUCAUCAAUUUCUCUUGUUCAGAACUGGUCCGAAUGGGAGCAGUCGACCGUGUGCACAACAACUCCAAAUUGUGACUUUGUGGUUCCAUUUCCUUAUAGAUUUUACUAUACAUCUUUUGAGAAGCGAGACCGUUGUAUUACAGACCUCCUGGAGAGGCCACUCCUAUAUCCGACCGUGCAUCUUGGAUAGAGGAACCCCCUGCAGGCCCGGUCAUACCUGCCGCACAUUCCACGUUGAGCAUUUACGCCUGCGUGGGUUGAACACGUCUGAUUCAGUCCCAACGAGGCCUCUAUCCUCGGAAGAUCAUCUUCACAGUCCACAAUGUCGAGUGAAGUUGGUCGACCGACGCUAAGUCAAUCUCCCAGCAAUGGGCGUCCCAAAUGCACCCUUCCUCUAGAGAAGGUGUUUUCAAUCCAGAUAGGAACUGAGCUCUUCCGUCUUUCGGGAGCUUCGAUUGCUUCCGAUGCCCCGUCAUACUUUUCCCGCUUCUUCGAAGAACAGCUUCGCCUGAACGGAGACAGCUCCAAUGUCAGGACCCUAUAUAUCGACCGGGAUCCUACCACGUUUCAGGAGAUUGCCAGGCAUCUGCAAGGCUACCAUAUACAGCCCAAAGAUGGGCCGCAGUUCGUCAAGUUCUUCGCGGAUGCCCAAUUCUAUAGCCUUCCUCGAUUGAUCUCCCAGCUGUUCGAGUCGGAGAUCUUCAUCCGUAUUGGCGGCCACAACUUCCAGAUUCCUCGCGAUAUCUUCUCCAGCCCAGGGGAUUCGCCGAAUUUCUUUACACUGGGAUUCGCCGCCUUCUUCGCCUCGCCACUGGAAGUAUUUCCCGGGCUGGACCGUCAAGGCCUCCUACGACCUCCAGCCAUCACCCCACCCAGCGUCCCCAGCCGCUCGGGGGAGGUCUUUGCGCAGCUCCUCCAUCUCCUUCGCGGAUAUCCUCUGGAUAUUCGAAACGAAGCGCAUCGUGCAGAGCUCCUGCGGGAUUGCCGCUACUUCCAUCUGCGGGGCCUGGAGCAGCAGCUCAUACCACACCAUAUCAGCUUCAAUCCGAUCCGCAAACGGGACGAGAUUGUCAUCCGUCUCGAAGACGUCCGUCGGUCGGGCAUCGACGUAGACGACAUCCCUCUUCCUCCCGGCCACAGUCAGGCUGACGCCAUGUCUGCAGCCUUGGUCACUUACUCUCGCCCGUUUGUCGAUGAUAAGAAGUACGAUCUGAUCCUCGAGAUAGGGGACGAAAGCACCAUCCUUGACAUCACCAGCAGACGUCCCACCUUUUUGGGCGCCACAAAAGCCCGCGUGAGCAGCCUUCUGCAGGUGAUAGCGGGCAAGAAGGGAGACCAGAACCGACCAGCGGGACAAAAGGAGAGUGCACCGGAAGACCGUCUGUGGGCCUCUCUCUCCAUGGAUACCGACAUGACAGUCGAUGGGGAAAGGGAGUAUUUCCCCGACAUUCUCCGGGAGAGCAUGUCGGGGUCGGAAAGUUUGUUGGAGGAGCCGUCGAGGAAGCGCAAGCGCGUUGAAGAGGCUUCCAUUAAUCGUCCAUGGAUUGUGCGCAACGGACAGUGGCGGCUGUGCAUGCAACCGAGGGCCAAGGGAGAUGGGAUGGAUAUCGUCAUGAUUGCAGUGAAGUUGGAGGUGUUUACGUUGCAAAGGACGCGCAAUAAGCAGAGGAAGUUCCUUUCGUCUUGAUCGUUCUAUACCUAUACAUUACUUUGCUUUUAAUGCUGUACAUGUCCGUUUACUCUACUUUAUGAUAGACUCAUGACUCUCAAUCCGAGAAUCCUUCCCACUCGUCCUCCCCAUUUUCUUCAUCCUCGUCCUCAUCCGCAUCCACCUUCUCAUCCUGAAUCUCCUUACUCUCCCCAUCCUCAUCCCCAUCUCUCACAAAC